GAAAAAUCAUUUUUGUGGUUUGUUUUUGGGCUAAGAAAUGAAAAAAUAAUAAAAUAUUAAAAAAAGACGAUUUAACUACAGAUGAUAUGAAAGUGAGGUUGUUCCUAUUUCCUUAAAAGUCCUUUCUUAUACAUCCAUUAUUUUUCUUUAAUGGCUAAUAUUAUUAAUUUUUUAACUGCACCAGUGAUAUCUACAAACCUGAAACUAUUGCUAUUACCUUGUUUUUAUUCCAUAUGUAUCAAAAUACCGAUUCUCCAAUUUUAUUCUUGAAAGGAAAAUUGUUGGAAUAACUAAAAAUGUCAGAAGAAGAAGGUUCAGGUGUUACCCAAGAUAGCUACCAUGGCAUUAAAAUAGAGGAAACAAAAGAUGCUAGUGAGCCUAAUGAUCCUGUUAUAACAAACCCUUGUUUAAACAAAGAAGAUACUACCAGGUUGCAAGAUUUUUUACAAAGCAGCUUACAUCUAAACAGUGUACUUAGUGGGAAUUCUGAAUAUGUACAGGAUAAGCAAUUGAACGAGUCAAGCGAUUCAGAUCAAAGUGACUCUGAAUUUUCCUCAAAUGAAGAUGAUAUUCAAUGUGAAAUUUGUCAGAAACAGUUUUUGGAUGAAGAAGAUCUUGAAUUACAUGUUAAAGAGAGAAGAUUAGAAAGUAAAAGGUAUAGAUGCUGUAGCUGUCAAAAAACAUUCCGAGAUAAUACUCAACUGAAAGUGCAUGCCAGGAAACAUACUGGAGAAAAACCGUUUCAGUGUACAAUCUGCCAAAAGUACUUUACGGUAAAAGGAAACCUAAACAAGCAUAUGAGAAUUCAUACAGGAGAAAAAAGAUACGAAUGUAACCAGUGUGAAAAGAAAUUUACCCAGUUUGCGCAUUUAGACGACCACUUAAAAACGCAUUCAGGUGAACGACCAUUCGUUUGUGGAUACUGUCAAACAGGCUUUAAAACCAAAGCGAGACUAAAAAAACAUGAACGCAGUCACAUGGAGGGGCCUCCAACAAAAAAAUCUGUCGCAUGUCCAACGUGUAAUAUUAUUUUGAAAAGUAAUCGACAGUUAUCUGCGCAUUUGGAAACGCAUAUUCAAAAUACUGGCGGUCCAUUGGCGUGUGGCCUCUGCGGAAAGAGUUUUGAGCAUUAUGUAAGUCUACAGGAGCACCGAAGAACUCACCUCGAUUGCAAAUCGUAUUUUUGUGAGUUUUGUGAUAAGAAAUUUGCAUGUGGAAGUCAUUUAAGGAGGCAUAUGAACUCCCAUUCAGGUUUUAAACCGUAUAGUUGUACCGUUUGUAAAAGACCAUUCCCAUCUUCUCAGAACCUGAAGCGUCAUAUGAUGACCCAUACAGGAGAAAAACCUUAUGAUUGCGAAGAAUGUGGUAGAAAGUUUCACACUGUAGAAAACUUGAAUAGACAUAAGAGAACUCAUACUGGUGAGAAACCCUUCGCUUGCGAGAUAUGUGGAAGAGUUUUUGCUCAUAGCACGACUGCCAAAGAGCACUACUUAGCCAUCCACAGUAUAGAAAAACCAUAUAGUUGUGAAAUAUGUAACAGUAAAUUUGCUAUAAGUAAACUGUUGUAUAAGCAUGUCAGGCAGAGACAUCCUCAGGAAUAUGAGCAGUUUAAAAUAGAGCAAGAUAUGACGCCCAAUAUGAAGAAAGCACUUAGAAAAUAUAGAAAUGUUGGGCUGAAAACCGAGAAAGGGAGUGUAAGGAUUGAAGGUACAGAUGGAAAACUGGCAAUUCGUCGUAUAGACGAACCAUUGGUCAAGAUGGAGCCAAUCACAAAUGCUUAUAUAAAGGAUGAGCCGAAUGAAAGUAACGACUCUGGGUACACUACACUAAAUUUAAGUACAAUUGUGAAAAAAGAACCGUCAUCCGAUGACUGCGUAGUGAAUCAAGAUUUCGAAAGUGCGGAAUUUUCUGAAAAAAAUGAGUACGAAAAACCGCCUAAAAAGCGGAAACUUGAUAUGUAUAUUAAGGAAGAACAAGAAGUGGGUAUUUAUUAAUUUGAUUGGUAUUUAUAGUAAAUAGUCUUUAUUAUAAUUGUUCUAAAAUAUUUAUAAAAUUAUCAUACAGAAUAAAAUCGUAAAUCGUG